ACUAAACACUUGGGGGAAGGAAAUGUUCGAAGUGUGACGAUCUUGACACGUCACUACAGUCUGGCAAAAGACGAUAUUUUUUUUCUUCAAAAAUAUAUAAAAUAAAAAGAAAUGCCUUGAGAGACGAUUGGGUCAUCUCAUUUCUUCUUUCUUCGUUGACAGAUUUAAUUUAGGGUUCAUUUGAAUUCUCCUUCUUUCUCAGUUCAGCUCAGGUGCAAAUUGAAAGAUCUGAUUGAAAUCAAGCUCUGGGCUCUUUUGGGUUUUCUCGGAUCCCAAUUCUCAGCUGAUUUUAAGGAUAAUUCUUCAGAUCAUAUUUGGUAUUGACUUCUGGAUUGGUAGUGAAGGUUCAAGUGUGGAGAUGGAUGGGCCUCGACAGAAUGAUCAUUUGGGUGUGAACAAGAUUGGGAAGAACAUCAGGAAGAGUCCUCUUCACCAGCCCAACUUCGGUGCCAAUGCUAAUGCUGCGAGGCCUCAAGGGCAGCCUCAGGUUUAUAACAUAAGCAAGACCGACUUCAGAAGUAUGGUUCAGCAGCUGACUGGCUCUCCGGCGCGUGAGAGUCUCCCUCGCCCUCCUCCGCAGAACAGCUCGCCAAAGCCUCAGAGCACGCGGUUGCAGAGGAUUAGACCACCACCCUUGACGCAGAUCAACCAGCCUGCGGCUCCUGUACAACAUUAUCCUCACGGAUACGCUAGUGGGCCUCCACCACAACCUCGUUUGUUACAAGGCACACAACAACAGCCAAUGAUGGGUCAAGGGGACCAGUUUUGGUCCAAUACAGCUGAGUCUCCCAUCUCAGGGUAUAUGCGUUACCUUCAAAGCUCACUUGGAGAUGCAGCUCCUAGUGGUAACCACAUGCAGCCUGGUUAUGAACAUCGCCCAUAUAUGCCGGCUCAGGAACAUCGCCCAUAUAUGCCGGUUCAAGAACAUCGCCCAUAUAUGCCGCCGGCUCAAGAACAUCGCCCAUAUAUGCCGCCGGCUCAAGAACAUCGCCCAUAUAUGCCGGCUCAAGAACAUCGGCCUUAUAUGCCAGCUCAACCUCAGCCUUAUAUGGCACCUCAGGCUCAGACUCAGCCACAGGCACAACCACAUAUGAUGCCUGGAUCGCAACCUCAUAUGAAUAUGCAGGGCCCACUGCCACCACCCGGGUUAGUUCCUAGCCCAGCGCCUCGUAAUCUUCCCUCCCAGCCUCAGUUCAAUGGUCCUGUUCCUGGCACGCCCACUCUUCCAUCUCCGAGGUUUAAUCAGAUGUAUGGUGGUUUUCCUUCUCCUCGGUAUAAUGGUUUUGGACCACUAAACUCACCUACAUCCCAGUUUGCUCCACCAUCUCCUUCCGGUUAUCCGAAUAUGUUCUCUCCUAGAUCAUCGUACCCAUUGCUAUCACCAGGAGUUCAGUAUCCUCAACCACUUACCCCAAACUUCUCCUUUUCACAACUAGCUCAAUCAGGAAAUCAAGGACCCGGUGCAGGAACAGGUCCUCCUCAGCCACCUCCUUCUCCAGGGCUCAUGUACCCGUUGUCUCCAGGGUUCUUCCCAAGUCCAAGAUGGGGUAAUUACUAGGUGCUCCCUAGGUUAGUCUGUACUAUGAAAGAAGCUUAAUCUCCAAAGCCUAUAGUAGAAUAGACGCAGCUGCAUAGAUGAGUAAAACGCAAAAAGAUGCUUUUAUAUACAUUCUUUUACUCUGUUUUUUUGGGUUCUUAUUCUAGGUAAAGGGUAAAACCUUUAACUAGGGAUCUUGGGAUAAUGAUGAUUACUUUUGUUUGUUUUUUCACAGAAUCUGCUUUCUUUUGCGUAAUUUGUACACAGGCUUUAAACAAAACUCUGUCAAUUUAUAUGAUCUUUAGCUGUUUUUUAAAGAAA